AAAAAACAAGAGAGAAGCAAGAAGAGGAACGUUUUAUUGAAGCAACCGAUAACAUAAGGGAGAUCGUUCUUGUUUGGUAGCUCAAAGCAAUUCGGAUACAAAAAUGUCUGCUAAUUUCUGGACUUCAUCUCACUACAAAGAACUUCUAGAUCCUGAAGAGGUGGAUGUCGUGCAUCAGCUUGAUAAGGAGAGGGGCAUUACCCUUGACGAUUUCAAGCUCAUCAAAUUGCAUAUGUCCAAUUAUAUUGCAAGAUUGGCUCAAAAUGUCAAAGUGAGACAAAGGGUUGUCGCCACAGCCAUUACUUACAUGAGACGUGUGUACAUCAGGAGAAGUAUGACUGAAUGCGAUCCUCGUCUGGUUGCUCCAUCUUGCUUAUAUUUGGCAUCAAAAUCAGAAGAAAGCACUGUGCAGGCCAGACUUCUUGUAUUUUACAUCAAAAAAUUAUAUUCAGAUGACAAGUAUAGGUAUGAAAUAAAAGACAUACUUGACAUGGAGAUGAAAAUCUUGGAAGCCCUCAAUUAUUACUUAGUUAUAUUCCAUCCAUACCGAUCGUUGUCUCAGUUGUUACAGGACGCUGGCAUGAAUGAUACAGCUCAAUUAACAUGGGGACUUGUGAAUGACACCUAUAAGAUGGACCUAAUUCUCAUACAUCCGCCACACUUGAUUGCAUUGGCAUGUAUAUACAUAGCAAGUGUGCUCAAAGAUAAAGAAACUACUGCCUGGUUUGAGGAGCUUCGAGUUGAUGUGAAUGUGGUGAAAAACAUAGCAAUGGAGAUACUAGAUUUCUAUGACGGCCACAAAAUGAUCACAGAUGAGAGGGUUAAUGCAGCGAUGAGCAAGCUAGCUGGAAAGUAGGAGGUGCUACAGCAGACGAGAGCCUCUGGUUAUGUCAACUAAUUGUCAAUGGGUUUGUUGGACAAAUUUAUUAGUGUCAUCCUCUGAGCUCUAAGUGAUGAAUGAUGGCAAAAGCUGUAAUGCCGCAAUGUCCAUUUGUGAAGAAAAAGGAAAGACGAAAACAGUCGUUGCAAUAAAAGUUAAACUUGCCCGGAAAAUAAAAAAAAGAGUGAGAGGUGGUUGUGGUAGCUUUAGACUUGGUAAAUUACAGAAUAUUAAUGAGAAGAAGUUUGUUGUACCACCUGAUGCGGAGCUAAAAGGGGUGUCAAUUGUUCGGUUCGGCCGAUUAUUUCAUAAAAUUUGUACUAUACCAUUUUUUCGGUUAUUCUAUUUUGUAUAAUCAAAAUUAGACUUUUCGAAAUCGUCCCAAUCAUAUCGGUUUUUCUUUGGUA